CAUCAGGGGAAGUCAAUGGUGUCAUGAUGGCUGAGGGGGAGGAGAAGAAGGAGAGGGAGUUGGGAAGGAAGCUGGUUCAGGAGUUGUCGGAGACCGGCCAGGAGCCGCCCAUCCGCUACAUCCAGAGAGCGGAGGACCGUCCGAUCGCUCCUCCACCGCCGUCCUCCACCGUCCCCGUCGUCGAUCUCCAUCGCCUGCUCCAAACCGACGGCCAGGAUGAGGCGGCCAAGCUCCGCUCGGCCCUCGAGUCCUGGGGUCUAUUUCAGGCUAUUGGCCAUGAGAUGUCAGUUUCAUUCUUGGAUGAAGUGCGAAAUGCAGCAAGGGAAUUCUUUCAACUCCCAAUGGAAGCAAAGCAGAAAUACAAAUGCUUAACAAAGGGUAAAUUAGAAGGGUAUGAGAGUGACCCCAUUGCAUCUGAAGACCAAAUCCUUGACUGGUGUGAUCGCCUAUAUCUCAUGGUACAACCAGAAAAUGGGAGGAAUCUAGCCCUUUGGCCAGCGAAUCCCCACUCGUUCAGGGAAAUCCUCCAUGAAUACACCAUGAAGUCAAGGAAGGUAGCUGACAAAGUCCUCAUGGCCAUGGCAAAAUUGUUGGAUGUGAAUGAAGAGUACUUCACUCACCAACUUGGAGACACAGCUGCAGUAUAUGCCAGAUUUAACUAUUACCCAUGUUGUUCAAGACCUGAUCUUGUCUUCGGCCUCAAACCUCACACUGAUGGCUCCAUGAUCACCUUUGUUUUGCUAGACAAAGAUGUAGAAGGCCUUCAAGUACUCAAAGAUGAUGAGUGGGUCCGGGUGCCCCCAAAUCCUCAUGCUUUGCUUGUCAACUUGGGAGAUCAGAUGGAGAUUAUGAGCAAUGGAAUUUUCAAAAGCCCUGUGCAUAGAGUAGUGACCAAUUCAGAAAAGGAGAGGAUCUCUGUGGUUAUGUUUUAUGCAUUAGAACCAGAGAAGGAGUUAGAACCUGCAGAGAGGCUGGUAGAUGAGAUGCGGCCAAGAUUGUACAGGAAGGUGAAGACGAAAGACUAUCUUGAAGUCUUCUUCCAGAGCUUUUCACAAGGGAAGAGAGCUAUUGACUGGGUAAAAAUCUAACCAAGACAUUGACUUAAACCUUCAUCAAGCACCGAUGUCUUUGUUGUUGGAAGGGGGUUCCAAGCUCGCUCCCAUUGAACACACAGUAUCAUUUACAUUAUGUUUAAUAAUGGCUGCAAAUCCUAGUUUGAUGCUUUCAAUUGUCCAAGAUUCAGACAGGUUUCCUUGGCUGGCCAGCUGCCUACUUCAUAUCCUAUUUACAGGUAAUCUUGGACUUGCAGUCCUCUACAUUUGGUCAUUUUGUGACUCUGGUAUUAGAUAAGUUGGAUGUCAUGUGACAUGCAACUAGGAGAGGUUUGUUUCAAACUUUCAAUCUUUCUAUCGAACAGCACUUCAUAAAGUUUAUUUUA